AUGCCUCCCGGCGACGUUCCUUUGCCGGACAGCCUCGUGCCGGGCAACGGGGCUGUCCGCCCCAAACUCAACACCAGUGGAUAUGGCGGUGGUAGUUUUCAGUCGCAAACCCCAACCUCCCCUGCAGACAGUAACAUUGCUUUCGACUCGCCUCGCACAAGGACAGGAGGAUGGAACGGGUCCACCAAUAGCCCGGUCGAUGGAGCACAGAACCCAGACGGUCGAAUGAGCCGGCGCUUGGAGUCUGGCCACCCUGGCUCGAGAGAUCCGUCAACACCAAGAGAUCGUAAUGGUUACUGGGACAGAUCUGCACCACGAGAAAGAUCCCGCCCCAAUGGCCGACCACCCACGAAGUCUCCUGGCAGCUCGUCGCGGAUUUGCAAAAAAUGCGGUGAACCGCUCACGGGCCAAUUCGUACGAGCUCUGCUUGCAACAUAUCAUCUAGAAUGUUUCAAGUGCGAGGACUGUGGUCAAAUAGUGGCGUCCAAGUUCUUUCCUGUAGAUGCUGAAGAUGGAAACGGGCAAUACCCUCUUUGUGAGACAGACUAUUUUCGACGUCUCGAUCUUCUCUGUCAUGAAUGCGGUGGUGCGUUACGUGGUUCAUAUAUUACAGCAUUGGAACGCAAGUAUCACAUCGAGCACUUCACCUGCUCUGUCUGUCCCACCGUUUUUGGCGCGCAAGAUUCAUACUAUGAGCACGAGGGUAAAGUCUACUGUCAUUUUCACUAUUCUACUCAAUUCGCUCAACGCUGUCAUGGUUGUCACACGGCAAUCCUGAAACAAUUCGUCGAGAUCUUUCGCAACGGUCAGAAUCAGCACUGGCACCCUGAGUGUUACAUGAUCCACAAAUUCUGGAAUGUCCGACUGGCUCCGACCGGCCAAGUCCUGGAGCCGCCUGAGAUGGACCUAGACGCCACUGACGAGGAACGCAACAGAGUACGCGACGAGGAAGACGUGAUGGAGGAAAAGGUCUACAGAAUUUGGAGCAUAUUGUCCAGUUUUGAGGAGUCAUCUGCUGCGUGCAUUUCGGAUAUGCUUCUCCAUGUCAGCAAUGGCACCUAUGUUGAUGGUGUUUUUGUUGCAAAAAAGUUCAUUGGGCAUGUAGAUGUCCUCUUCUCUGCCAUUGACCAGCUUGCGACAAACAUCAAGACACAAGGCAUGAAAGACCUAGACCUGGCUUAUGGGCGUGAAGCAAAACUUCUGUGUAAGAAGAUUGUUGCCUUCUUUGCAUUACUCUCCAAGACUCAGGAAGCUGGCGUGCGUAAACUGGGCGUUACUCAAGAACUCCUUUCACUGGUCACUGGACUCGCUCAUUACCUCAAACUUCUCAUUCGUAUUGGUCUCCAAGGAGCCCUCAAACUUGAAAGAGAAAAGCAAACACCUGAAGGUCUUCACCACUUCCUAGACCACUUGGGAGACUUGGAAGCACUCCGGCCUCUCGACGAAGAAGAGACGACUGCAGAUUUAAUGGUCGGGGUCGAUGUUCUCGCAGACCAGCUAUCUGAUUGUUGUGCGUCGUGCAAGGAACCCAUUGACGAUGAAUGCGUCAUGCUUGGCGAUAGCAGGUGGCAUAUCAAGCCGCCACACUUCUCGUGUGUAUCUUGUCAGAAGGAUCUAACGAGCACCAUCCAGGAUUCGCUGUACAAUCGGAAGGAAAAGCGGGCAUACUGCAACGACUGUGUUACCAAGAAUGGUCUUAACCAGGAAACACAGGGAGGUUUCAUCCAUGUGACCAAACUUCAGCAGUUUAUCUUUCUUUUGAGAGUUGCUCUUGCGCGACUCCUCGCCGUUUUACGAGCUGGAGGAACAUUCUCUGACGAUCCCAAUGCAGGCCCACAAAGCGGUAGCGAUAGUGGUCGAAUCCCACCUGGGGGUGAAAUGCGCAGGUCAGGCACAAGGGCUAAGUCAUAUGCAAACGCCGUCAAAGACAGUCCCGAGGGCUCGUCACUCGAACAGACUGUGGGCGAAAUGCGACGCUUGCGAUCUAUCCGGAACGAGCGCACCCUGUCAACAACUUACAGAAAGGCUCGAGCUUCUCGAAUAAUUGAUGGACCAGAGGGUCGCAGCGUGCGGCCGGGAUCAUCAGGUGGCGAGGCCUCGGAUCCACGGGGCCAUGGAUUUCAGAUUGUAGAGGAAAAAGAUGCCAACGGAGAGACGGUCACUGAGCUGACAUUUGGCAAUCAGGACGCAUUGACUUUGGAUGAUAUUCCUAGAAUCGUUGCGGCCGAACAAGCCAAGGAACAACGGCCCAAUGCUUAUAAGCAUGCCGGCACCAAGCUUGUUGGCACCACCGAGCCUCUUCCAAAGUACAACUACGGUCAUCAGCGUGGCGUUUCGGGUGCAGGUUUAGAGCAGCAUCUGAUCGAGCAGUCAGGGCGGACUAAGAAGUACUUUUCGGAACUUUCUGCUCUGGAGUACUUCAUUGUCCGACAUGUUGCGGUCUUGUCCAUGGAGCCAUUGUUAGAUGGGAAUUUUACUUUGGAAGAACUUCUCUCGUUGAUUGAGUCGCGCAAACCCACGAUCUGGAAUAUCUUUGGUCGAGCUUUCAACAAGGAAGCGAAGAAAGGUGGGAAGAAGAAGGGUGUCUUCGGCGUCAGCCUCGACUUCCUUGUUGAGAAAGAAGGUACAGAGUCUAGUCACGGUGUUGGCCCAGGAGCGCUUCGCAUUCCUGCCCUCGUUGAUGAUGCUGUCUCUGCGAUGCGCCAAAUGGACAUGUCUGUCGAGGGUGUUUUCCGAAAGAAUGGCAACAUUAGGCGCCUGAAGGAACUCACCGAGAUGAUCGAUAACAGGUAUGAACAGGUAGAUCUCACCAAGGAGAACCCUGUCCAGAUUGCGGCCCUCCUCAAGAAGUUCCUUCGUGAGAUGCCAGAUCCACUCAUGACAUUCAAGCUGCACCGCUUAUUUGUGGUAUCUCAAAAGAUCUCUGAUCCUGAGAAACAAAAGCGCCUCUUGCAUCUCACCUGCUGCUUGCUUCCCAAAGCUCAUCGUGAUACCAUGGAAGUCUUGUUCGCCUUCCUGAACUGGACUUCAUCCUUCUCACAUGUCGAUGAGGAGUCCGGUAGCAAGAUGGACAUUCAUAAUUUGGCAACUGUGAUAACACCGAACAUACUUUAUCCCAACACCAAGGCCAGUACCGUGGACGAGAGCUUCCUGGCAAUUGAGGCUGUCAACUCUCUGAUCACAUACAAUGAUACUAUGUGCGAGAUUCCGGAAGACUUGCAAUCAGUCCUGAACGACCCUACCUUCUUCAAAGAGAAUAGCGAGGUGACUACCAAAGAUAUCCUCAAGCGCUAUGGGGACAUUGCACGAGGCAGUAUGUCUCAAAAGCCCCUCAAUGGUGGCGAGACUGUCACAAUUACCAAUUCUACUCGCGGAGCGAACAUUCCUACGUCUGCACGCAUUGAAACGGACGCCUCCCAAGAUGCGGCUUGGCAGGCACAGAGCUCAGUUCGCCACGUCCAAAGCCCUGGGGGACUUGGCCACUCUACAAGCACCGGUCAGACCGGUAUGGACCUUGGUCCUGCAUCGGCUAAAGAUUACCGUGAGCGAAGCACGAGUAAUAGCAGCCAGCAAAACACCGUCCAACCUGAUGGGCAAGGCCACCCGAUGCCUUACCGACCCCGUCCAGGCGCGGGACCUAUGGGUGUUGCGGGCUAA